UUUUCAUUGAAAAAUUGUGUGAAAUAUAUUUAAUUAAUUUUAAUAGGAUUCUUUUGAGUUUUAAACAUAGUUAAACCUUAUUUUCGUUGUCUUGAGAUAGUGUCACAUAGAUUAUGUAUAAAUGGAGAAUGAUGAAGAGAAUGAAAAUUUAGAGGAAUUAGAACAACAGCUUUAUGCACAAGUCUUUCACGAUUCUAAUUUGGAAGAAUUCCCAAAAAAUUUGACAGAGGAAUCAUCUAUAACAUCAAAUCAAUCGAGGAAUAUGAGAUAUUGGCAAAAUCAAAAAGAUAGCACAAAUGUGAAUUUCAAACAAAGACAGAAAUUCAAAAAAGGUGCAAACUCGACAUUCAAGAAGCCAGAAAGUGCAAAUGAGACUCAAAAUAAUGAGAAUGUUGAGUUGGCAGUGCCAAUAAAACCUUAUUUUGUUCCAUACACCUCAGUUUUGUCUUUUAUGAAUAGUCCAGUGCCUGUGAUAGAUGAUGAAAGCUUAAAAGAUAAAAUAAUGGAACCAGAAGAGCCAAAAAAUUAUGAAAAGAAAAAGACGAAAUUAACAAAAUUUCCAAAAGAAAAAGCAAAAUUCCUUAAACCGGCAAAAAAGUUGAUGAAAGUGAAAUAUGAGGAGAAAAAAAUUAAGGCAGAGGCAGUCAGGAAGAAGGUCAAAGAAAAUAGCAAGAAUAAGACAGUUGUUAUUGAUUUAGCAACAAGUUCUGAUGAUGAUUCAAUCAUUCAUAUUGAUAACCCAGCACCGCCGUUAAUUCUACUAGAUUCAUCUGAUGACGAGCAAAGGAAGAACAAGAAGCGAGCAGCAAGUCCAUCAACAAGCUCAAUGAUUUCUGAUGAUUUUAUUGUGGCUGGAGAUAAGCGUAGAUUAGUUAAUCCUUUUGCAAAUUCAGAGCAAUUAAAUACGGUUGCCAUUUCUGAUAAACUAAGAGAUGCUAUAAACGAGAAAAAUGAAAAAAUGCGAAAAAUGAAGGCUUUAACAAAAGUCUCAUCUUCUUCUUCAAACUCAAAUUCUGCCAGAAGUAGUUGUGAACGAAAUUUGAGUGACGAGAAAACUUCAUCAAAAAGUAAAAAGAGCAAAAGAGAUAAGGUUUGUAAUUCAAAUGAUUUAGAAGACUCAAUUUAUAGCUCAAAGGCAAUGACAUCAAAAAAGGAUAAAUCUCAAUCUAGUUCAUCAAGCAACGAUGAAGACAAUUCAAUUUGUGUAACGGCAAAGAAUUCAAAGGCGAGACGAAGAAAAUCAACUGGAUCUAGAAAAGGCAAGGAUUCUGAAAAUGAGGAAGAACCAAAGCAGAAACUACCAUCCAGCACACCAUUAGCUCACAAAAAGAAACGCUCUAGAUUCAUUACACCGAAUUAUAACGAGGAUGAAUUUGCAUCAUUAAUAUCCACUGUAAUUCAAGCUGAUGACGAGGAAACUAAUGAUUCUAUAAAUAACAGCAAGGUCCUUGUCGAUUCUAUCGUAAAAGAUGAUGAAAUGCCUAAUUCUCAUGAUCAAAAUGAUUCUCAAGCUGAUUGCAUCAUAAUUGAACAGAAUAUCCCACUAAUCGAUGUCAUAUCAGAUAAUGAGCAAAUAGAAAUGGAAUUAGGGUCUGAUUCUGAUUCUGACUCAAUUAAGAACGUGUCAAAUGAUAUUGCAUGUGAUUUAACAUUGAAUAUAAAGCAAAAUGAGCAUACACCACAUGAAUUUGCACCAAUUGAAGUAGAUCCAGUAAGUUCAGAACGAGAAAAUAAAUCGAAUUAUCUUGAUUGUGAAGUAGGAUGGAAUGAUGAAAUGCGAUAUUUUUACAACGAAUGCACUAGUGGACGAGAUUUCUGUAUACUUACAAUUAAAAAUGCAAUGCCAACAAAUCCAAAUGUCUGGAGAGUAAAUCAUGCUGAUAAAAUUAGAUAUAAUUCAGACGGUGAUAGAAGAAUUAGAUGUCGAAAUUGUAAUGAAUGGGGACAUAAGGAACGAUAUUGUUCGCGUCCAAGGAAGAAGAUUAUCUGUUACAUGUGUGGAGAAAUUGGUCAUAGAGAAACAAGGUGUCCUAAUUCAAUCUGUUUGAGGUGUGGAAAACCGAACGAUGUAUUUGCAACAAUGUGUGGAAAUUGCAGUAAAGUCACUAAGAAAACCUGCCCAUUAUGUCACUAUAAAGGACAUGAUAUAGAACAAUGUCCUGAUAAAUGGCGAAGAUAUCAUUCAACCACAACGGUAACUGAUAAUGCAGUCCUUGACAUCUCAUCGACACAAAAUGAACGAAUAUACUGCUCGUUGUGCGCUCGAAGUGGACAUUUUGCAGAAAACUGUAGUUACAUUAACAAAAUGCUUUAUGGUUUGAUUAAAUCCAGCUGGUUUGUGAUAUCAAAUAAGCCAUCGUAUCCAACAAAUUAUUCAUUCAAUGCAUCGAAAGAAAAUGAGCACGUCUUGCAAUUACUAACGUAUAUGGAGAAUUAUUCAUUUAAUUUAAAAUUACCUUCGAAUUGUCAAUUUUAUCCAAAAUUUAAAGAAGCAUUUUUACGUCAUCGAGAGCACAUGAGAAUUAAGGAGCUGCCAUCAAUUAAAAGUAAACAGAAAAACAGAAACGGAAAGAAGAAUCAAAACAAAGACAGAAUUGCAGGUAAAGAAGGGGAAAGUAGCAAGUCAAGACAAGUAAAAUCAACGAAUGUGCAUCAUCACGAGGAUAGCAACUCUAAUUAUAGUUUUUCCGAAUUCUAUAAACCUAAUUCUGAGCCAAGCAAUGAAAAUCAAAUAAUAUCGGAUAGAAAUAAUCCACAGCUGUUAUCUGAUUACGUUCCGCUAGUGUCAACAAACAAAAAUGCAGAGAAUACAAAUCAUCAACUUGCUCCCGUUAAUGAUACUCAACCAAAAGUAUGUGAUUCAAAAGUACUUCUCACAAAAGAGCAUGCAUCAAUUCUCAUGUCUUCAAAAGGUCAAAAUGCCCUGUUUAAUCUAGGUGAGCGCUUUAAGAUUGUUUCACAAUUUAAGUUUGAUUCAAUGGGAAACUCAAUUUGGCUAACUGGAUUGCCUUUUAAUCAACUCAUGUUUCAUAACGAAAUGAAGGAAUUAAUUUAUAAAAUAGAAACUGAUGAAUAUGAAAGAAUGAUUGAAAAAACAACUCAAAUACCAAAGAUUAUCUGCAGGACUGUAUCGUAUCUCAAGUCGAAUUUUCAAUCAAUUAAAAAUUCUGGAUUACGUGAAACUAAACAAUUGCUUGAUAAAUUCACAGCUGCUGAAAAGACACAUAAUCAUAGGAAAGCUGUAAAGUGCAGAAAAGCUUUGAAUAUAAUAUUUAUUGGACAUGCAGAACUUGGUGAUGGUGCUAGGCACAUGAAUGAAUUAAAAAAGAUUUAUGUUUUAUUGGAAAAAGAAGUUGAAUUAGGAAAUGGUGAUGCUCCGGUUGAUCCGAAAUUAAGACAUGAAAUAUCUAUGCAUAUACGCUACAUAUUUUCGGCCGUCGAUCAUUCAAAUCUCUACGGCGAUUAUCGUAAAAUGUUUGAAGAAUUUCGAAAAAUUAUGAUGAAGCGACAAAAUAGUAAGAAUUUAUUGUCCAGCAAUAGGUAAGUGAUGGACUUGAUUAUUUAUAUCUGCAAAAAAUAAAACUGAAUUUUACACAAAAA